GCAGCUGAAUUACCUCCUCCGUACACAGCCAUUGCCAGCCCAGAUGCCAGUGGAGUUCCCGUAAUAAAUUGCCGUGUGUGCCAGUCUCUUAUUAAUUUGGAUGGAAAGCUUCAUCAGCAUGUCGUGAAGUGCACAGUCUGCAAUGAGGCCACGCCAAUCAAAACCCCUCCCUCGGGGAAGAAGUAUGUCAGGUGUCCUUGCAACUGCCUCCUUAUCUGCAAAGAUACAUCACGGCGAAUAGGAUGUCCGCGACCUAACUGCAGACGUAUCAUUAAUUUGGGCCCGGUAAUGCUGAUACCUGAAGAACAACCAGCCCAGCCUGCCCUCCCGGUUCAGCCAGAAGGUACCCGAGUAGUUUGUGGCCACUGUGGAAACACUUUUCUAUGGAUGGAACUGAGAUUUAACACGUUGGCAAAGUGCCCACAUUGCAAGAAAAUAUCAUCUGUAGGAAGUGCCCUUCCCCGCCGACGCUGUUGUGCCUAUAUUACAAUGGGAAUGAUCUGCAUUUUUAUUGGUGUUGGACUAACGGUUGGCACACAAGAUUUUGCCAGGCAUUUCCGUGCAACAUAUGUCUCCUGGGCGGUUGCCUAUCUUUUAGGCUUAGUUUGUCUUAUUCGGGCCUGUUACUGGGGAGCCAUAAAAGUUAGCUAUCCAGAGCACACCUUUGCAUAG